UCGUUUGCCCUAGCGGUGAGAGGUGAUAAAGAGACGUGAGGAGAGUUAGUCGGGGAGAUAAGAGAGGUAUUAGGAGGUGUAGGAAGGAUUUGAACGUGACCAACUUGGUCUCGUGUGCUGUUACGGGUAUGAGGGCUAAUGUCACUUUCCGGCUGCCCACACCGUGGAAGGGUAUUUCCCGAGGAACCUGAAAAAGAAGGCAGAUUAAUGUCGGCCUUAACGGCCGGUUGACUAUAGACUUUCCCAUCGAAUCAUCAACGAGUGGGAUUCAUUACCUCAACUCUUUCAAAAGCAAUCAACUGAGAGAACAUUAUUGCCAGAACUAACACAGGCCACCUAGCCUACUGUCCUUUACACACUGAAACUGAACGUGUGAAAGCUUUCCAUAACAAUAGGUAUUAAAAAACCUUUGUUACGAUAGUAGCAUUAUAGACCUGAUGCUUUGCUGUUGUAGAGUCCAUUCUCAGCAGCAGAGCAAUACAAGUAUAUUGUAUGUACAUCGUGGUUGCUUCUUCGGUUGGCGAUCUCCAUCCAUCAUAUCACUUGUUUUCGUCAUACUAAACAGUUGCUUAUACUUGAAAAAGCUUUGAAGUUAACGUUUCUAAUUUUUCCUUGUCUUAUCUGAUAUUUUCCAGGUCGUGCGCCUAGUCAUACGAUGACUGGUCAACGUCGCUCCAUCAAAAAAACUUCCACUAGAAAGUCAGAUCUUUUUCCGGAGGAGAGAACGUUCGUCAAUCCGUCAGCUUUGAGUCCUCAUCUAUUCUGUCCAAUAUGUCAAGAGGCUUUCUGUAACCCCCAACGUGCUCCUUGUGGUCAUAGUUUUUGCAAGAAUUGUAUUGAGCCCUGGAUUCAAAAUACUCCUAACUGUCCGGUGGACCGUAAACCGAUUUCAAAAGGAUCAAUGCAUCAUGAUUUUAUUGUGGAAAAUAUAAUAGGUGAUUAUAUGGUCGCAUGUCCUUGGCGUGCACUCGGGUGUGAUUUUAUUGGCCAGUUAUCCCUUUUACCCGGUCAUAAGAAAACAUGUGUCAUGAAUCCAAGUUCUAUGCCUCCAGCUCUACGUGCUCAUACCUCAGCUUCCUUAAAUCAAGUUAAUAGCAAUCAAUCUCUAGAUCUGAAAUCUUGUAAAAAUAAUCAACAGUCGUCAGUAAAAGUUAGUUUUGUGUUUCAGUCACAACUUCCUUUGAAUACAAUUACAACGGCAGAGGGAAUUAUUGAUGGUAAUCAAUGUCCCAAUAUUCAUAGUAUUGAGUCAAGAAAUGGCUCAAGUUCGUACGACGAUGCUCAUGAAGAAAGUCUUAUACUUGUUAGUGAUGAUGAAGCUAAUUUACCGCCUGCUCCACCACCCAGUCUUUUGUUCCGACUAUACCAUAAUUCUGAUUCUAAUAGUCGUGGGUUAUUAUGUGAUUUUAUACAAAAUGGUUCAAAUACUACAACUCAGUCCUCUAGUACUAACAAUAAAAACAAGAAUAGCCCUAAUAAACGAGGACGUAAAAAAUAAACUUAAAUUCAAUACUGUUCCGGUUGAUUUCUCAAAGCAUUUCAAACUAGUGUUCAAACUUUUGCCUAAUAUGUACAUUUGUAAACACAAAUAUCCGAA